CUGGGCUCCCUAGUGUCUCUCAGUACCUGCUCUGGCCUCAAGGGUAUAAUAACCAUAGAGAAAACAGUCUAUAACAUUGAGCCCAUUGAUGCCUCAAGUGAGUUUGAACAUGUCCUGUACAAAAUGAAAAAGGACACGUUGGAUACCUGGCAUAAUCCUGGAAGCAUAGUGGGUGAUGUCUGUUACAGAAGUAAUUGCGUGUCCGGGAGAGCUGCGUUGGUUGAAUCCUUCUAUCAUGAAGACAUAACCCGCUUCACUACCCUUAUGUCCCGUGAGCUGGGCCACAAUCUAGGCAUGUUGCAUGACCACAGGAUCUGCAUUUAUGGUCAAUACAUUUUUUGCAUCAUGCAUGCGUUUAUCACUUAUGAAAGUGCGUAUAGUAACUGCAGUAUCGAUGACUUCUUUCAAACACUGAGAUCACACUAUGGGUCCUGCAUUUUGUACAAGCCAGAGCCCAAGAAAAUACUGAGAAUGUCAGUCUGUGAGAACCAAGCAUCAGACAGAGGGGAGGAGUGUGACUGUGGCAGUAUUGAGACCUGCUCAAGGGACUCUUGCUGUCUUCCCACAUGCAGGAUGACCAGAGGUUCCGUAUGUGCCUUCGGGCCCUGCUGUGAGUACUGCCAAUUUCAGUUAAGGGGCAGUGUUUGCCGUCCCAGUAGGGAUGAGUGUGACCUCCCUGAAUAUUGCAAUGGAACCUCCAUGUGGUGCCAACCAGAUGUCUACAAACAAGAUGGCACCCGGUGCGCAGGUGAAGGGCUUUGCUAUGGAGGGCACUGUCGGGACCUGAAUAAACAGUGUGUUGAGAUCUUUGGCAAAGAAGCCAUAUCUGCCCGGGAUGGUUGCUAUCGGUUCAUGAAUACCAAAGGAGACCGGUUUGGGAACUGUGGCAGUAAAUAUCCUGGGCUGUACAAGCACUUUUUGAAGUGUGCUGAGAAAGAUGCCAAGUGUGGGAAGAUUAUAUGUGAGAAGGUGCUGAAUGUGCCCCAAAGUAGGGACCACCACACCUUCAUCCAUGUGAUGCAUGCUGAAACUUGGUGCUGGGCAGCAGACCUCUUUGAGGAGACUGAUAUUCCUGAUAGAGCACAAGUGCCCACUGGUACCAGGUGUGGCCCAAACAAGAUCUGCAUAAGCCAUGUCUGCUCUGAUGCAAGGUUGCUCAAGCUUGAGUGCAAUCCAGCUACCAAGUGUCAUGGAAGAGGGGUGUGUAACAACUUGAGACAUUGCCACUGUGAUUAUGGCUAUGCCCCCCCAACUUGUGAGACAGGAGGUCAUGGGGGGAGUAUGGAUAGUGGGCCCCCUCCUACAACUACAACCACCACUACCACGACC